AGGAACAUUCUCGUGAUGUUAGCUCACAGGCGGAAGCGGGAGACCGGGGACCCAACACUACAAGGAAAGAGAUGUCCUCCAAGCAAAUGCGCUACGGCUCCAAGCAGCUGCCAGGCCCCUGUGCGAUCAGAGGCCGGCGUCCCCGCGGCGCCACAGGGGCAGCUCAGGCCCCGGCGAGCGCCAGGAACCGGCCGCGAAGGCCAGGCUCCAGGCACUUCCCAAGGCAGGGCCAUGCUCACGUUCAUGGCCUCUGACAGUGAGGAAGAAGUGUGUGACGAGAGGACGUCCCUGAUGUCGGCUGAGAGCCCACCGCCGCGCUGCUGCCAGGAGGCCCGGCAGGGCCUGGAGGAUGGAGAGAAUGCUGCCCAGUGGAGAAGCCAGGAUAGUGAGGAGGACCUCGAAGAGGACGCGGACCGCUACGUGUGCAGUGGGGUCCCUGGGCAGCCGUCGGGCCUGGAGGAGGAGCUGACCCUCAAAUACGGGGCGAAGCAUGUGAUCAUGCUGUUUGUGCCUGUCACGCUGUGCAUGAUUGUGGUGGUGGCCACCAUCAAGUCUGUGCGCUUCUACACGGAGAAGAAUGGCCAGCUGUAAGUUGGGGAGCAGGGCGGGGUUGGGGGGUCCUCUGCACCCGCAGCUCCAUGCCAGGGGCCUGUGCAGAGCUGGGCUGAGAGCUGCCUGACUCCAUACUCUGCUCUGUCCACUGCCUCCCCGCUGCGUGACCUGCACGGGCCCUUUCCUAACCGCUCUCUGCCUCAGUUUCCUUGUUUGUAUAAUGGGUCCAACACCAGGAGAAUGAGGCAAAUGGAACAGUGCCUGCUGCUGUGCGGUGCUAAGGCACACGGGGUUGCAGGGUGGAGGGCAGGCUCUGGAUGCGUGGCCUGGGCAGGGUGUCCCCGGUGUGGGGUCCCGGGGGCGGGUGUGCCACACCACAUGACUGAACAGGUGGUUUUCUCUCUGGGCCUCUGCUCCUGUGGAUGGACACCCGCGUGGGGGCCGGAGAUUUCUUAGCUGGCUUCCAGCCCCGUGAGGGAGGCUUGGAUCAUUUUAGUGGAAGGACAAGUGGGAAGCCACCUUUGCUCCCUCGCUUGCUGCUCUGGUGCAGUCGCCCGCCUCUGACUGCCUUCUCUGAACUUUGUUUUUAAUGUUUUUAGUUAGGGAGCGUCCUUUUCAUUUUGGUUUGGUUUUUCCAAAGAAAGGGGCAGGCUUGUGGUGGGCUGGGGCUGCAGAGCAGGUGGGAGGGGGCCCAGCAUGCCUUGUGAGGGAAGGUGCUCAGCAGGCAGGCUUCUGCAGUCCCAGGCAGACAGGGU